ACUCGCUGAGAGGGGGUCAGACGCGCCAAACAGAGCAGACUGAGGCCACAGACAGACUGCAGUCACAGAGAGGCGAGGGUGUAGCCAGGUGUACGCUGAGGCAGAAGGGUGUAGCCAGGUGAGAGUGAGAGUAAGCGAGAACGCGGUUGUCAGAGCAUGCCGGGGGACGUCACGGAGAAGUUUCAGGCCGCCAUGGUGCUGGGCGCCGUGGGCGACGCGCUGGGAUACCGCAAAGGUCGCUGGGAGGGCUGCACUUCGGGCAGGAAAAUUCAGGAGGAGCUGGCCUCGUUGGGCGGGCUGGGGGCCCUCAGGCUGGACCCUGAAAACUGGCCGCUGAGCGACGGAAUGCUAAUGCACAUGACCACCGCCGAGGCGCUCGUCACAGAUUUCUGGUGCCUAGAGGACCUGUACAGGGAAAUGGUACGGCUGUACGUGGAGGCCAUGACAUCACUGCAAGGUCGCCCGCCAGACCCAAGCACCGUGGAAGGCUUCACAGACCUGAAACCGGACAACUUCCUGCUUGCGUGGCACACACCCUUCAACGAGAAAGGCUCUGGAUCUGGAGCAGCCACCAAGGCCAUGUGUGUGGGCAUGCGGUACUGGCAGCCGGAGAAGCUGGACAACCUGGUGGAAGUGAGCAUUGAGACGGGCCGCAUGACUCACAACCACCCGAUAGGUUUCUUGGGGUCGCUGUGCACGGCACUGUUCGCCUCCUACGCAGUACAGGGCAAGCCGUUGGUGCGCUGGGGUCGUGACCUCAUGAAGGUCAUUCCAAAAGCCGAGGACUACUGCAGGAAGACAAUCCGACACAUGGCAGAGUACCAGGAGAAGUGGUUUUACUUUGAGGCGAAGUGGCAGAUCUACCUGGAGGAGCGAGGCAUCGAGAGCGAGGAACAGAACAAGGCCGAGUUCCCUGACCGCUAUGACGCUGAAGAGAACGACAAGAUGUACAAGUGCUGGAGCUCAGAGGGGCUGUCGGGGAGGAGGGGGCACGACGCACCCAUGAUCGCCUACGAUGCCCUGCUGGCCUCCGGGGCAGACUGGACAGAGCUCUGCAGGCGUGCCAUGUUUCAUGGAGGUGAGAGCAGUGCCACAGGUCUGAUCGCAGGCUGUCUGUACGGGCUGCUUUAUGGGCUGGACCAGGUCCCUGCUGGGUUGUACCAGAACUUGGAGAAGAGGGAGCGCUUGGAGGAGUUAGGGAGAGAACUCCACAGGGCUGCUGCUCCUGAGAAGUAAAGUCCCCCUGCUGGCCACCAAAAGAAGUGCACACAGUGCCAAGGCUUCUUGCUGCUCCCACACAACCCUUGUGUUUCACAUCCUUCUCUAUGACAUCAUAACUGGUUCCAGAAUCUUACUCCCACAUCAUAUCUGCACCCAGAAUCUUUCAUUCUGACAUCACAACUGUACAAACUUCUCUCUGAUAUCACAACCGUACCCAGAAUCCUUUACUCUGAUAUCAGCACCUGCACCACCGAAUCUUUCUCUCCAACAUCAUAACUAGCUGCACCAGCCCCUUCUCUUUGGCAUCACUGAUUUCUAUGCUAACCACGUGCAUUAGCUGUGCAGUGUGUGCCACUGUACCCCUUUUAAUCACAGCUGUUUUAUUAAUACAUAAAAAUGAUCAUGACAAUCAUAAUGGUAUGCUAUGUCAUAAUGUACAUAACAAUAAUAACAGGUAUAGGAGUAUUGAUAUUGACAGGAGUGCUUCCAUGUGCAUACAGCUGCACAAUUAAUGUGAUGCAUCAGAUAAACAUUCAAAUAACAACAGGAAUAUUCAUUAAGUAAUAAAAUGGGGAUCAAGGGGCAUGACUGAUGAUGUAAGCAUAAUGGGUACAACAUGUUUAGAAAGUGUCAUUCUUUUUUUAUUGUACAUUCAUUUUAUGAACAAUUUAGGAAGAAAAAAAUCAAUAUGAAAAAAGCAGAAGAAAAAAAUCAUGACCACAGACCCAGCAUUAGAUCAGACAUUGAUUUUCCCAAAUCCAGCUAAAAUUACUUCAAAUGGCUGUGUUCUCUUCGGAAACAAAUCUAGCCAGUAGGAUGAAAGUUUUAAAGUUUCUAAUAUUAGGGUUUUUAUUAUUACUGCAGUCACUUGAGGGACUGGUGAAAGAACUAUACAUAAUUGCACAUAAUGUAAUAGAAUAUACGUAAUAACAUAAUAAAAAUACUGUAGGAGUUAUUUGAUAAUAAUAAAAUAAUUGCUUUUUAUAUUGUUACAUAUUGUCGCUUGAUAGACUCUAGGAAAUCCUACUGGGAUCUGCAGGGGGUGAACGAGCUCUUCGUCUCUGAUUGGUUAUGCCCUCUCCCGGGCAUACAAUCUCAGGGUUUCUGCAAUGCUUCAUUUGUGUAUCAUAAUGUGUAUCAGAAAAUUAAAAACUGGAAAACCUUUAUGGAGAA